AUGAAACUACAAGCUCUCUCUCAAUCCCUUGUCCUCCUUUCCGCUGUGGUACCCCUGGGUCUCGCUGCUCCCACUGGUAACGCAGACUCAGGGAGCAAUCCUCCCCUUCGCGCAUCAAAUGAGGCCCUGGUCGGGUAUUCGUCUUCGGAAAAGACGAACAGCGGUCCACCCCCCGAUCUUAAAUACAAGUUUGUUCCCGGGCAAAAGGAAGAUCCCGAUGUUGGCUCUUACCUCGACUUUGAAAAGGCCGACAAUCCCCAGCCCAUCCGUGGAACCACCGGCGGCGAUGAUCCCGGACCCCGAAACUACAAUUACGACAAGAUCAACAGCGAUAAACUUGCACCUCCGGGCACAGAUAGCGGUCAGACAAUCAACGCGCAAUGGCCCCUUGGGCUCAGCCGAACUAGGCUCGGGCUAGAGAGAUCCGGCUGGGCUCGCCAGGAGAACACCGUUGUGAUGCCCGAUGCAACGGAGAUGGCUGGUGUGGACAUGCGACUCGAGCCAGCUGGGUACCGGGAGCUUCACUGGCAUGUUGCUGGGGAGUGGUCUCUGGUACUGAAUGGAUCAUGCCGCAUUCAGGCUGUCAACGAGGACGGCCAAACAUUUAUCGACGAUGUGAAGGCUGGCGAUGUGUGGUUCUUCCCACCGGGCAUCCCUCACUCCAUCCAGGCCCUGGAUGACGGUGUCGAAUUCCUUCUCGUCUUCGACGACGGCGAUUUCAGCGAAGACAACACGUUCCUCGCGUCAGAAGUGUUCCUUCACAGCCCGAAAGAGGUUCUCGCCAAAGACCUAGGCGUGCCCAUUUCAGCCUUCGACAAAAUCCCCGACGACGAACUCUACAUCUUCAAGGGCACCCCGGCUCCCAAAGACAUCGAGAAGCAGAACGUCACCACCGCGUCGGGCGUGAUCCCGCGCACUCAGAGCUACUCGUACCACUUCUCCGAGCAGCCCGCCCACCACGUCGAGGGCGGCACCGUCAAGAUCGUCGACCCGCAGACCUUCCCAAUCGCCAACAACUUCUCCGCGGCGAUCGUCACCGUGAGCCCCGGUGGAAUGCGCGAGAUCCACUGGCACCCAACAAGCGACGAGUGGACGUUCUUUAUCCGCGGCCAGGGCCGGGCGACGUUGUUUUCGGCACCGUCGACGGCCACCACGUUUGACUACCGUGCUGGCGAUGUUGGGUAUUUCCCCAAGUCGAAUAGCCACUAUGUUGAGAAUACCGGUGAUGAGGAUUUGGUUUUCUUGGAGGUUCUUCAGGCUCCUCAAUUUACAGACAUGGCGCUUGGUCAGUGGAUUGCGUCCACGCCGAAGCAGAUCAUUAAAGAUACUCUGAAACUCGGUGAUAGUACUCUCGAAAAGCUGAAGACGGACAAGCAGUACGUCGUUGCGGGCACUCGCAACAAGGAGUCUCACUAG